AUGAACUUCAUCGAUAAUGAGGCGGUAGAUUCAUUCACCGCGGAUGACAAUCUUACCAUCUUUGAAACCUUUGUAUCCGAGACUGGCACUCCUAUCAAUGUUCGCAAGGGAAAGAAGUCCCUCGAGUACGGGGGCAAGUUCCGCAACGCAGUAAUCGAGACAAUGAAGGAGUCCUGGGACUCCGAAACCCUCGACGAAACCAUCGCUCGCCUCCUGUCGCUUGAAGAGCACGAUAUAAUCCGCCUCUACAACGGCCUGAGUGCGACACAUCGUGAACGAAAGGCCAAGGGAAAGGGCAACAAGGCCGUGGUCUAA